AUGGGCUGUGCUUGUAUGAAGCAGCGGCAGGAACGCAAAAGCGCAGUGCUUCUUGCUGCUCAAACUUGCUUUAAAGUGGCAGAUGUGGAAGCUUUGUAUGAGCUGUUCAGGAAAUUAAGCAGUUCUGUGGUUGAUGAUGGACUUAUCAGCAAAGAUGAGUUUCGGCUUGGCUUAUUCAGGAACAGCAAGAAGCAGAGUCUUCUUGCAGAUAGGAUCUUCAAUCUGUUCGACUUGAAACAUGAUGGGAUGAUAGAGUUUGGAGAAUUCAUCCGGUCUUUGAGCAUUUUCCACCCAGAUGCUCCCCAAGAAGAAAAAAUUGCUUUUGCAUUUCAAUUAUACAAUACAGGACAGACAGGCUUCAUCGAACAUGAGGAGGUCAGGGAGAUGGUUUUCGCCUUCCUGAAUGAGUCAGACUUGAUCCUUUCUGAUGACCUUGUUGAAGCCAUUAUUGAUAAGACUUUCAGUGAAGUAGAUACAAAAGGAGAUGGAAAGAUUGAUCCAGAAGAGUGGAAUGAAUUCAUUUCUCGGAAUCCAUCCAUACUAAAGAACAUGACCAUCCCAUAUUUGAAGGAUAUCGGAACUUCAUUUCCCAGUUUUGUGCUGAGAUCAGACCCUGAAGAUUAA